GUUUUGCAGCAGUUUGUAGCUGCUGUUAUGGAGAAUUAGUUCAAAGUCGGUAACUGGGCUGUUCUAAAUGGAUUUCACCUAAGAAAUACGUAUGUGUUCCAAUGUGGGAGAAAAAGAAAACCUAAGAAAGUAACUCAUUAUGUCGAACACCACGUCCUUCAUCGCUUGGAUUUCUAUUUUUAAAGUAGGUUGUAGUUUGUGUUUUCCUGCAGAAAACAACAUUGUGAUAAACAAUUCAUCUUCGUCACUGAUAGUUGUUCCAAGCAACUUACGAAAACAGACUAAAAUACUGGAUUUAUCACAAAACAACAUCAGGAAGAUCCAUAUCCAGGACUUUGCUUCUCUUGAAUGGUUGAGAAGUUUAAACCUGUCCAUCAAUAGGAUCAGCAAUGUAGCGAAUGCAUCCUUCAGGUUUAAUCGAAAGCUAGAGUGUUUAGACCUUUCCAGGAAUGAACUUUCAAACAUUGAAUGCCAUUUUUUGAAUAAUAUUACAUCUCUCAAAUAUUUCGAUAUUUCUUCUAAUCGUUUUCUGAGCCUAACACUUGGGAAAGCAUUUGGGUUCUUGAAAAAUCUGGAAUAUUUAGGGCUAGGCAGUAGGGAAGCAAUAAAGUUACAAAAAAAUGAUCUGAAAGAAAUAUCAAGGAACCAGUUGCAAGAAGUUUCAAUUGGAUUAAAAUAUUUAUCAGAAUAUGAGUUGGGUACUUUACUGGUUUUGAGAACAACAAAACUCCACAUAGUUUUGCCAUCUGCUGGCACAUCGGCUUUACUUAACAAAGUGUUGCAUGAUGCCUUCACAUCUUCUGAUACUUUGAAAUUAUCAAACAUUGAUUGCUCCCAAACAUGCGACAAUUAUAUAAAUGGCUUUAAAGCACUAGGGAAUGUAAGGAUUAGCACGUUGUUGUUGGAAGAUCUAACACUGUCAUGGCUACAAUUCACCAGCAUACUUGUGCCUAUUUGGGAUACAAGGAUUAAAAAUCUAAGCAUUAUGAAUUUAACAUUGAAUUGUAUAAGAUCUGCAUUUCAGCACUCAGACAGAGUACUGGAAACACUGAUUUUCAGAAGAAUUGGAAGCUCUGUAUUCUACUCCAAAUUAUCACUUUAUUAUGACUUCUUUUUCAAAUUAAAGGUAGUAAAUCUUACCAUUUCUAAUUCAGGCAUGAACAUCAUUGCUUGUCCAGAGCAAGGAAAUUAUUUUAAGUUCAUAGACCUUACAGAUAAUUCAAUUACCAGUGAUUUUUUUUUUCAAGAUUGCAAAACCCUGAAUUUGUUGGAGACUCUUAUUUUGCAGCAGAACGAGUUGCAUCAAUUUUACAAAUUGAGUACCAUGACGCGAUAUAUGAAAUCGCUUAAACAUUUGGAUGCGAGUCAAAACAAACUUACUCUUGAUGAGAAGACAAAUUGUCUUUGGACUAACAGCUUGAAAAAACUGAACCUGUCUUCAAACAGACUGACAGAUUUGAUUUUUACAUGUUUACCCAGUAACCUUGAAGUCCUUGAUGUGGAGAAAAAUAAUAUUUAUAUUGUGCCCCAAGGGGUAAACAACCUGGAAAUGCUGAGGGAAUUAUACCUUGGCUCUAAUAAACUGGUUAGACUUCCUGAAUGCAGCAACUUUAGAAAUCUUGAGAUUUUGUACGUCGAAGGAAAUUCAUAUCAAGAACCUUCCAGUCAUUUCCUUCAAAAUUGUUCAAGGCUGACAAAACUAAAUGCUGCCUCAAACCCAUUUGCAUGCACCUGUCAUCUAAGAGAUUUCAGCCGGAUUAAGGAAAAUACCCAAGUAGAGUUGGUGGGUUGGCCGGAGUCAUAUCAGUGCAUCUACCCAGUGAAUCUCAGAGGAACUCUGUUGAAAGAUUUUUAUUUAUCAGAAGUGAUGUGCAACCCAGUUCUCUUAUUGCUGAUUAUACUGAGUAGCAUUACUGUAUUAGCAGUUGUAAUGGGAUUGACAUGUCAUUUUUUGGAUUUGCCUUGGUAUUUGAGGAUGAUUUAUCAAUGGACGCAAGUGAAACGAAGGGUGAUGAAGACUGACCUCCAGCAAUUACAUGAAAAUUGUGUCUAUCAUGCUUUUGUGUCCUAUAGUGAGCAGGAUUCUGGGUGGGUUAAAGAACAACUAUUGCCAAACCUGGAAGAGAGAGAAAACCCAUUUCGGAUCUGUCUCCAUGAAAGACAUUUUAUUCCCGGCAAAGGCAUUAUUCAAAAUAUAAUCAGUUGUAUAGAGAAGAGUUACAAGUCAAUAUUUAUUUUAUCACCCAACUUUGUUCAGAGCGAAUGGUGUCAUUAUGAACUUUAUUUUGCCCAGCACCGGGUACUAAGUGAACAGUCUAACAACUUGAUAUUGAUUGUUUUAGAACCAAUCCCUCAAUACAUGAUCCCAUCCAAAUAUUAUAAACUAAAAUCACUUAUGGCAAAGAAGACAUACUUAGAAUGGCCUGUGGACAAAAGCAAACAGAGACUAUUCUGGGCCAAUUUACAGGCAGCAAUAGGAAUAAAAAUAACAGCUGAAACUGAGGAAACGUUACUGUGAAUAUAUUGAGCAAUUAUAUUCCAAGCAACAUCUUAAGAAUUUUCAUUGUCCUCUAUUAUUAGUUAACUUCAUGAAAUAAUAUAUUAUGUUGUAGAAUUAUAUUGUUGGAGAUAAUCCAGAGAUUACUGAUAUAAGUACUGCAGAAAAACACUUUCUGCAUUGCUUUGACUGCAUCCAUGAAUGGACUUCAGACUGAGAGCAAAUAAAAAUAAAAUAGUAAGAUGCAAAUCAAGUGAGCAAUGCAAGAAUGUAGGAUAAAGUGCAUGGAAGAGAUGUGCGAAGGGGAGGGCAGGGUGUGGGUCGUGAAGGUAGAGUUACCUAGUAGGUAAAUUAGGCAACAAAGAUUCCAUUCACCAUCAGCAAAGCAAAGGAAUUGAAAAACCGUUUUAAGGAAAGGAAAGACAUGAAGCAUACUGGUUAAGCAACAUUCAUUUACCCCUGAGAUAACAUAAGUCGUUAUCAUUCAGGGCAGGAGAUAAACUCCAGAAAACUUGUGGCGGCUAUUUGCCAGUAUUGGCAUGUCCGAGACUUAGAGUGGGAGGACCAGUGUCCAGACCAAGGAUGUCUUAGCAUAUAUCAACAAUCAGGCUGUGGCAAGACAUGGAACGGUAAUUACUGGGAAAUGAUAGAUAAACAUCUGUCGUUCUGCAUCAUUGCUAGAACAUCGUCUACGCACGCAG